UAGCUAUGACAACAGAUCCAAUGAGAAUACAAAAUGGAAUGCUGCUGUUUAUUCCUCCAAAUGGAGCCAGUUUCCUCCAGGGAGUUCAUGGGGGUCCAGGUAGUGUUAUCCCGCCAACAGGGAUGGUACAAUAUUUACAGUACGGAGGCCAAGAGGGUGGAAGCAGUCAACCUCAGCAGAACCGACUAGUGGGGAGACUGGAUACGUUUCUAAAAGCUGAGGCCAAGACUCUGGGGGCCAUCCAGAUCAUCAUUGGACUGAUCCAUAUUGGCUUUGGGGGUGUCGCGAUUAUUUUUAGUACUCCAUUCCAGGUGGCUGCUCAUGGAUUUUUUUCAUUCUGGGGUGGCGUUUUAUUCAUUGCUUCUGGGUCCCUUUCUGUUGCAGCUGAGAAGUAUUUGGACAAGUUCUUGGUGAAAUGCAGUGUGGCAAUGAAUAUCACCAGUGCUGUGGCGGCAACUGUAGGCACCAUUCUAUUUAUAGUGCAGCUGACAAUAAAUCGUUAUGGCUAUGCAACUUCAGUAGCUACUGGGCUCAGCGUCUUGCUUCUCUUGUUCACCAUACUGGAGUUCUUCAUCACAGGUUUGGCUGCCCGUGUCACGUGCCAGGCGGCCUGCUGCAGCAAUGAUACGGCAGCGGCUUUUGUGCCCUACUCUGUCAUCGGAAGUGGUGUUACCUCCACCGAAAACUAUCCUGCGCCACCACCCUAUGAUCAUGUAGUGCUCACCUCCAGUACAGACGCUUAAUUUAAAAAAAAGAGAGACAAGUUAUACAGGAUACUCCAACAGUAACCUCAGCAGUCUAGCUGGGCAGGUUAAGAGUAACAUGUUAAAAAAAUUAAGUAAGCAUGCACUGCCUGAUUCAAGAUGUUUCAGGGAUUUGAAAGUAAAACCAGCUGAAAAGGAAGCUUUAAAAUUCACACAUGGUUAACUGGAAGUUAAAAGGAAAGUGAUCUUUAGUGCUAUACUACAUAUGCACA